CGGGCUUGGUCUGUUACACAACUGUUUUGUCUUCAUUCUGCCCACAGCUCAUCGCCGGCAUUUUACUUUAACAGGCUCUUAACUGUGUUAAAUACAAAAUAAGACUCAUAGAAAUGAGUGGGGGGCAUUCACACAACGAGUCCCAGAUCGACUCGGGAUCCAGAUAUAAUGAUUCUCACAAACAUAAAGAUAAAUACAAGGACAAAGAGCACAAACAUAAGGACCACAAAAAAGACAAAGAACGUGAGAAAUCAAAGCACAGCAACAGUAACCACAGGGAUUUCUCUGAGAAGAAGCACAGAGAUAAAGAUAAAGAGAGACUCAAGCUCAAAGAAGGAUCCUCAGACAAGCAGAAGGACAAAAACAAAGAGAAGAAGGAGGAAAGGUAUUUAGAUGGCAAGCCCAAAAAAGAAAAAGAGAAUGGAUUUGCAAGCCCUCACAUUAAAUCUGAACCUGACAAUGAUGACUUCUACCACUCUCCCAAACACGAAAAGUCCUUGAAGAGAGAGCGUGAUGAUGACGAUGCCGAGUUCAAGCCCAAAAAAAUUAAAAUUGAGAAUGACAAAAUCGAAAAGAAGGCAAAGAAAAGGAAACCGGAAGAAGAGGACAUAAAGCCCAAAAAGAAAACAAAAGACAAGAAAGGAGUUACUACAGAUGGCAAAAAGAAAGCAAAGAAGGAGCCAGAAGAGAAGUGGAAAUGGUGGGAGGAGGAAAGGUACACAGAUGGUUCGAAAUGGAGGUUUCUUGAACACAAAGGGCCUGUCUUUGCUCCACCAUAUGAGCCUCUUCCCAGCAAAGUCAAAUUCUAUUAUGACGGAAAGCCCAUGAAACUCAGUCCUGAUGCAGAAGAGGUGGCAACGUUUUUCUCAAAAAUGAUAGACCAUGAGUACACCACUAAAGACAUAUUUCGGGAAAACUUCUUUAAAGAUUGGAGAAAGGAAAUGAAAUCUGAAGAGAAGUCCAUAAUCAGAGACCUGAAUAAGUGUGACUUUACUGAAAUGAGUGAAUAUUUCAAAGCUCAAUCUGAAGCCAGGAAGGCUAUGACUAAAGAAGAGAAACUGAAAAUAAAAGCGGAAAAUGAGCGCCUUCUUCAGGAGUAUGGCUUCUGUGUCAUGGACAAUCACAAAGAGCGUAUCGCCAACUUCCGUAUUGAGCCUCCAGGCUUGUUCCGUGGGAGAGGUGACCAUCCCAAAAUGGGCAUGUUGAAGCGUCGUAUCAGACCCGAGGACAUUAUCAUUAACUGCAGCAAGGACUCCAAACAUCCUAAACCACCUCCUGGGACAAAGUGGAAGGAGGUGCGCCAUGAUAACAAAGUGACGUGGCUGGUGUCCUGGACUGAGAAUAUCCAAGGCUCUAUCAAAUACAUCAUGCUGAACCCCAGCUCAAGGAUCAAGGGUGAGAAGGAUUGGCAGAAGUAUGAGACAGCCCGUCGGUUGAAGAAGUGUGUGGAUCGGAUCCGUGCGCAGUACAGAGAGGACUGGAAAUCAAAAGAGAUGAGGAUUCGUCAGCGAGCUGUAGCUCUUUACUUCAUUGACAAGCUGGCUCUGAGAGCAGGUAAUGAAAAAGAGGAAGGAGAGACUGCUGACACAGUGGGCUGCUGCUCACUUAGAGUGGAACAUCUAAGUCUCCAUCAGGAGAUGGAUGGCCAGGAGUUUGUGGUGGAGUUUGACUUUCUUGGUAAAGACUCCAUUCGAUACUACAACAAAGUCCCUGUAGAGAAGAGGGUAUUCAAGAAUCUCCAGCUCUUCAUGGAGGACAAGGAGGCAGAGGAUGACCUCUUCGACCGCCUCAAUACUUCCAUUUUGAACAAGCAUCUUCAAGAGUUGAUGGACGGCCUUACGGCUAAAGUGUUCCGUACUUACAACGCCUCCAUCACACUACAGCAGCAGCUGAGUGAACUCACAAACUCUGAAGACAAUGUUCCUGCAAAGAUCCUGUCUUACAAUCGGGCUAAUCGAGCAGUAGCUAUCCUGUGUAACCACCAGAGGGCACCUCCCAAGACAUUUGAGAAAUCAAUGCAAAAUCUUCAAGCAAAGAUUGACACAAAGAAGGAUCAGCUUUCUGAUGCUAAAAGGGAGCUGAAAAGUGCCAAGGCGGAUGCCAAAGUACGCAGAGAUGAGAAAUCCAAGAAGGCUGUGGAGACAAAGAAGAAAGCUGUGCAGAGGGCAGAGGAACAGCUGAUGAAGUUGGAGGUACAGGCCACAGACCGGGAGGAGAACAAGCAAAUUGCACUGGGUACCUCCAAACUCAACUACCUGGACCCACGUAUCUCAGUAGCCUGGUGCAAGAAGUUUGAAAUCCCAAUAGAGAAGAUCUACAACAAAACUCAGCGUGAGAAAUUUGCUUGGGCUAUUGACAUGGCUGAAAAAGACUUUGAAUUUUAAAUCAUUCUUGCAAUUUUAUUUCUCCCUCCACCCUAUCCUUUUGUUUUUAAUAGAUACUUUUAGUCUAAGGUAUUUCCAGCAGGUGGUGAACCUGACAAGGGAAUAGAUGUGAAGCAAGCAUAAGUGUUGAAAGGAGAGCUUGAAUGUCAUGAUUUGGGUGACUGAUUUUAGGCCGUGACCAGUAAUCUUGUAGGUUUUGUUGGAUCAAAGUUUUUAAGUUUGAAAUAUGAAGGGCCUUUACACAAGGUUACGUGGUUUUAAGCCAGGAACUGGAGAAUCAGUGGCCUGACCUUUUUAAAACACUUUUACUGUCUUACUAGCCCCCAUAACCCUACCAACCCCCCCCCCCUCUCUGGACAGACGGCCCGAAGAUAUCUGAACUAUGAACUAUGUGGUCCUAUAGCUACUGUAUUCAACUACAAAUUGCUUUGUGGAUCCUUUUAAUUUUAGUUUUGCUGUAUUUUUAGCCCUUCUGUAUUAAUAAUGAAUUCUAUAUUUUAAUAGAAGAUUUAAAAAAAAAAAAAUCAAAAGACUUGCUUAAGUGCACUUACACGCCUUUUUUAGGAUAUGAAAUGUGUACACCUGGUGUGAUUAUUUUAUGGGAAAUAUGACCAUUAUAAAGCUGUGUGUUUGAGUGAGUGUUACAUGAACUGUUCACUUUUAAACUGGAGUAAAACUCUGUAAACUAUAUACAAACCAGAAAGUAGGAUGCUUGGCGAGCUACAGGGGACUACAGCUUCAAACGUGACUGUAUUUCCUUAAACAGGCAGAAUGUGAAUCUGUUUUUAUUUUCUUUUUUUUUCUUUUUUACUGCAUAUAUAUAUAUAUAUAUAUAUAUAUAUAUAUAUAUAUCAGGGUCUUGUUUCAAAUGUAAAUGUGAACCAAUAUUUUUCCCUCUGUCUCCAGUAUCCUACAGAUUGUGUCUACAAAGCUUCAUCUUGGUUUAACUUAAUGUGUAAUAACUGUUUCCAUAAGAAAAAUAAAGGAGAAAAAAAAACAGUAUCUGUUACUUGAAGAUAUCAUUUUUAGGAUGUAUUUUUUUCAGGGUAUGUGAAAGUGUUUUGUUUUUUUUCCCCUUGAGGGUAUGUGAGGGAAAUCGUCUUUGCCAAAAACAAUUCUGUGUUAUGAUUUCAAGCUAUUAUUAUUUUGUAAUUUUCAAGAUUUUAAGUAUAGAAUUUAUUUUAACAUGGACUUUGCCAUGGAAUCGCUCUUCUGUUUCACCACUCCAUUCUGGAAAGAAAUGUUGAUGGUGGCAGCCAUGUAACCUGUCCCAACUUACAAUGCUCAUGCCAUAACCUCUGAUCAUGUGUUUUUCUUUCUUUUGCUCAAUUGUAGGUUAUUUAAAAAUAAAAC